AUGUAUACUAAUUCUGUAUUUUUGUGUUCAUUAAACUCUGGUAAAGUUCUUAUUGAACAAAGUGUUGCACUGAUUCCACCAAAGUACCUGUACCCACUAGGUGGAGAAAGUUUUACUUACGAUGUCAUCAAUAACCAGGAUGGAAUAUUUCCCAACUCAACAGAUUGCUUCACUGUUGGACCAAAUCAUCCUCAGCUUAGUUUUUCAGCCAUGUAUUUCGAUAGGAAUGUUAAUAAAUAUGCAGAUGUCAGGAUUCCAUCAGAUAACUCGAUUUCCAAUAUUGGUUUCACUGUUUUAUUCAAUGCCUUAGAUCCAUCGGGUUAUCUUUUUCAUUACCGUUCGGACAAUCAAGGAAAUAUCAACUUUAUAACAGAGAUGUAUGUUAAAAUAGAUAAUGGUCAAGUCAUUUCCAAAAUUGACAGCAGUGGUUAUUCAACCUCUCCACUUGUGUUUCCUGUUGGAGCUAAUGGGCCUCAUACCAUCUCACUGAAUACAUGGAUUAUGAUAUCCCUUACGAAUUCCGCUGUUAAUGGUACAACUUAUUUAUUUAUAGACACGCUGGUGGAACAAUUUACUCAUGGGUUUAAUUUUUCAGUGAAAACACCCGGGAAAUUACGAUUCGGUGCAUCUCUGCUUUCACCGUAUAAUGCAUUUCAUGGAUUUAUGACAUGUGGUGCUCUUUAUAAUGUUGCAAGUGGUUUUGACAAUAUCACUGAAAUUUUACAAAAAUGCUCGGAAAAAAAUUGGCCUAAUUCACCCCCAAAUAUCACUACAAAUAUCAAUUUCAAUUCGUGGAUUCUGUUGGGAAUACUGAGGGAAACAAACCAAUUACUGGUGUCGAUUGAUGACAGUAUUUUUCAUAUUUCUGAUACUUGCGGUUCAUUUGGAUUAUCUGGCAACGCCUACAUCGAAAUAGGUAAUUCUGAGAGAGGGAGCAUUGGAUUUCGUGGUAGCAUGAGAUGUCUUGUUCUUUUCAACGAAUUACUCGAUACUAAUGUUGGAAGUACUAUGGAUCAUUAUUGUACAUCAGCACAAUCGGAUGCUGUAGCAAAUGUUAUCAACAACUGUGAUGUACAACCUUUAAGUGAAAGAAAAUACCUUCUCUUAAGACAUAAUAUGAAGCCGGUAAACACAUUUCAACAAUUAUCAUCUGCCAUCUUUCGUUCACUACCGGCUUGUGCAGCACAUUGUUUUACGCUUGCGUACUGUAGAUCUUUUACGUACAAUGAUAGUUAUUGUGUAACAUAUGAUGAAGUCACAGCUGCCGGUUUAAUUGAUUCUCCUGGGCUACGAUAUUUCAUCCUCGCUAUUUGA